GAGCGCACUGAGCAUAGCGCUAUUAUGCGCUAUGAUACAUUCAUGCAGAACGUAUCCCUACUCUCCAUCCUUGCGGGCCUCUUCGAGGUCUCGUUCGAGGACGUCACAAUCGCCGACCUCUCGAUCGUCGCUCGGGGCAUCAACGACCUCUGGAAGCUCUCCAAGACCACCGACACGCUCCCGCCACACAUGCUCUCUGAUAUCAACACUCGCCUCCGUGCAUGGAUCCCUGCGCAGCCGAACCCCGUCGAUUUCAUCAUCCCCGCUUUCGAGACAAUGUGGCGCGUUGUCGCAAUCACAGUAGCCUACACACAUGCCGACCCGCUCGCGCGUACGGUCCUGCAUAUCUUCCUCACCGACCCAACCGCCGCGGCAUUCACGCGUUCCGAUUCAGACACGCCAAGUGUCGAGGCACUUAUUACGGAAACUAUACGCCUACACCCACCCACGCGCCGCAUCUCGCGCCACGUCACGGCAGGCUCUACACAAGUCGCCGUCGCGGACAUCGGGGCGCUGCACCGAGACAAGGGUAUCUGGGGCGCAGAUGCGGACGUUUACAAUGCGACGCGCCAUCAACAUCGUACUCCCGAGCAGGCGCAGGCCCUACUCGGCUUUGGCGCGGGCACGCUCAAAUGCGUCGCCAGUCGCUGGGCGCCGCAUGCAGCCGGUAUUAUCGUCGCCACCAUCGCAGACAGAAUCGCGGACGGGAUUGAAAUUGUGGAGGGGAAGGGGAUUGGAACUGGAGGUCGAGACGGAUGGGAAGGAUGGUCUGUUGAGUGCGUUGAGUGCGCUUGAGGUGGCUGCUAACUGUUGUAUUAUAUCAUUAAUCAUCUCGCGCCGGAGGGUUAGCAGUUUACAGUGG